AUGGUAGAAUUCUUAGACUUUAUAGAAGACCUGGAGCUUAUUGACUUGCCACUUGAAGGAGGAACACAGACUUGGUUUAGGGGAGAUACAAAUAAUAUUGCAUCAAGGAUAGAUAGAAUAAUAUUUACAACCGAGUGGAGUGAACAAUUUAGUAAAAUAAAGCAGGCUGCUCUACAAAGACUGACAUCAGACCAUGUGCCUAUAGCUUUACACUGUGGACCAUGGGAUCUGAACAAAUCUUAUUUCAAGUUUGAAAAUUGGUGGCUGAACACAGAGGAAUUUAUAGAUAAAAUCAGGUCUUUGGUGGAAUUCUUUUGCAUAUACAGGAAACCAGACUACAUUUUAAGCACUGAAGGAGCACUAAUAGAGGAAGAGGUUGCAUUAAAGGCAACUACUUUCCUGGAGUAUGAAGAACUACUCAAGAACGAAGAGACUACAUGGAGGCAAAUAUCCAAAAUUUUGUGGCUAAAAGAAGGUGACAACAACACUAAGUUCUUUUACAACUCAGCUAAUGCACAUAAAAGGAGUAAUUGUAUUGACCAACUGGAAGUACAAGGUGAGACAGUGAAGAAGCUGGACAAAGUGAAAAAGGAGAUCAUACAGUUCUAUAAGAAGUUGUACACAGAAACAGAGCGAUGGAGACCAGCAGGAAACAUGAUAAAUUGUCCUACAAUCUCAGAAGCAGAAAAAGUAUAA